AAGAAAUCGCCGUGUAUACAACCCAAGCCGUUGACGAAACCGAGUACCCUACGGCUUCCUUCCUCGCCUCCUCGGCGCGUCGUCGCCCGCCCCCUCCUGCCCUUUCCUUCCCCGCUAAUGCACCGCCACUCCUCCGCCCAAGAGGCGCAGGCGAUGGGGAGCAACGGAGGCGGCGGCGCCAAGCCGCCGGCGUGGGAGUUCCACGCCACGGGGCCUCGCAACCUCUCCAGCCCCGGCCGUGCUGCCUGGAAAAAUCCCAACUACAGAAGAAUUGCAAUCUCAUGUUUAGUGCAGGCCGCGUAUGUACUGGAGUUUGACAGGCAAGAGAACAGAACUGGUGAAACCGCCAUUGCUCCUAACUGGUGGAAACCAUUUAAGUACAAGCUGGUGCGCCUUCUAAUUGAUUCCAGAGACGAAUCCAUAUAUGGGGCACUUCUAGAAUGGGACCAGGUUGCUGCACUAUCAGACUGGAUAAUGCGGAGACCUGAUGGCGCUCCAAAGGCUGUCCUGGCACUGAGGGGAACUGUCCUGAAGCAGUCCACUGUUGCGAGAGACUUGGAGGAUGACCUCAGGUACUUUGCUCAGGAGAGCUUGAGGGGUUCUGUCAGGUUUGCUGGAGCAAUGGAGGUGCUCAAGUCGGCAAUCGAUAAGCAUGGAAGCAACAAUGUGUGUGUUGCGGGGCAUUCCCUAGGGGCAGGAUAUGCUAUGCAGGUUGGUAAGGCUUUGGCGAAGGACGGAGUCUUUGUAGAAUGCCAUUUGUUUAACCCACCAUCAGUGUCACUCGGCCUGGGCCUGAGGAAGCUUCAGGAUAAAGUCGACAAGGUAUUGAAGCGAUACAUCAGCGGCAGCUCUUCUAAUGCUGUUGAAAUUUCUAACCAGGGAGAGAAGGGGGAAACUGUCUCUGAAAUUGGAGAAGAAAAUCUGAUCAAGGAGGUGAAGAGAUGGGUGCCGAACCUCUACAUCAACAACAGCGACUACAUUUGCUGCUUCUAUGUUGAUCGUAGUGGUGUACCCACUGUUACGGCCGAGAAACGUGGCGAUGGUCACCCUGAGACACGUGCCAAGGUUUUUGUGAUUGCGAAAGGGCCGCAGAAGUUUCUAAAAGCUCAUGGGCUGCAGCAAUGGUGGCUGGAUGAUUCCGAGCUCCAUCUGGCUGUGCAUGAGAGCAAGCUCAUGUAUAGGCACCUCAAGUCCCUGUAUGUGAAAGAAACGUAGCGAAACCAAUGUCAUUGUGAUCUCUGUCUCCUGUUGUCGCCUGUUCUGUAGUCAAGUAAGCUUUUAAAGCUUUCAUGAACUUAUCCAGUUCCUGCAAACCUUUUAGUCAGUUGACGCGUAUCAAUUAACCGUCAGUAUGAAAUGUGAGUAUUACAUUAUAUACUGACUUCAACUCAAGGAUCAGGCUUUCUACUGUUGUGUUGCUUUGCCUCUGGCAAGGCAUGUGAGUUUCCUGUGUUAGAGUAAAACGAGAUUGAAUGUGAA